AUGUUAGAUACUCAACCCGAAGAAACAAAAGUCUAUUCAAGUUCUGUAAAUUAUUUACUUACAACUGAUACUGCUGAGAAUGAUCAAACUUUAUCAAAUAGAUUUAACUCGCAUGACAAUAUUACCAAUAGUAAAAUUAUUAAUAACAGCGAUAAUGAUGAUAUCUUAGAAUAUGAGACUUCCUCAGGAAGUAGUAGUAGUAUACAACAAGCUUCAAGCGAUAAUGAACAAAGUUUUAAAAAUAAUAAAGAUCGCGAAGAAGCAAUUACUGAAGAAAUUAAUUCAAUAAAGUCAGAUUCACAUGUAACUGAUGAUAAUAAUGACAGGAUGUGUAGGAUAUGUUUUUCAGGUCCUGAGGAUGAAGAUAAUUUGGGACGAUCGAUAUCACCAUGUCGUUGCAAAGGAUCAAUGAGGUAUGUCCAUGUUGAAUGUUUAAAUCGUUGGAGGUUGCCAAAAAUUUUCUUUUAUUUUUAUCCACCUGUCUCAGAGGAUUUAUUAUUUAAUGAUGAUGGUAAUAUAGUGGAUGAAGGGGCAGCAAUGACAAUUAAUAAAGAGAUGUUCACAAUUUCAAAUCUAUUCACCAUUGAUUCUUCUCAUUUAAUAUUAGGAAUAAUGUUUGUAGGACUUGUAGGAUUCAUACAAAUAUUAAUUUCAAUAAUGUGGUUUGGACCUUUUCCAACUUUGAAUACUUAUAGACUUGGAACCGGUGGAGGAGGUGGUGGUAGAAUUAAUGGACGUGUCGAUAUAAUCACAACAGCAUUUAUUUCAAUAAUUAUUCUCCUAGGUGUACUUAAAGCUUUCUGGGGAAUGUAUAAAAUGGUAAAAAGUGCAAGUCGAAAGAUUUUAGAAAGAGUUGAAUUGACAAUUUUAGAAGUUAAUGAAGCUGCAUCAUGA